AUGGCCGUGGCUGAUGCCAAGAACUGCACGUUUAUUGGAGCCCCUCCCUGUAUAAAUGAGCUGGGUUGCUACUCAACCUGGAUUCGCUGCUCAGACUGGGAUACAGUCCUUAAUCGGACAAAACGCCGUCGCAUUCCAUCCGUUUUGGAAAGGGUUCCAGUCGACCAGGAUGGGACGCUUUACCUCGCAAAUAAAGGCCCGUGGUUUGGUCAGGACUCCUGA